UGCUAUCAAAAUACACUUCCACAGAGCAUACGCCAGAGAAGGUUGGCCGAAUAACUUUGAGAUCCACUAGUCCUGGUAUUAUCUUGUCAACAUUUCGCAAAAUAGUUGAAAACGAACACGAUGGCUCACUUGUCUUUAUCAAACUCUUCGGAAACAGCAAAUGAUAACGAAUCGUAUGAUACCUCAAACGACUAUUCGUUGGUAGGCAUCGAGGAGAAAGUGUGUCUAAUUCUUUUAUACAGUAUUAUUUUACUGUUGGCUAUUGUGGGAAACAUGCUUGUCAUCAUUACCCUUGCAGUUAACAAGAGGAUGAGAACAGUGACCAACGUCUUCCUGAUGAACCUGGCUAUUAGUGACCUGCUUCUUGGAGUUUUCUGCAUGCCCUUCACUUUAGCUGGAGCCCUGCUUCGAGAAUUUGUUUUUGGAGAAGCCAUGUGCCGCAUGAUUCCUUACUUCCAAGCCGUUUCCGUUAGCGUUAGUGCUUGGACUCUGGUGGCCAUGUCAGUUGAACGCUACUACGCCAUCUGUCACCCGCUCAAGUCACGAGAAUGGCAGACCCUUUCUCACGCCAAUCGGAUGAUUUGGAUUGUUUGGGCUGGUUCAUUUAUUUGUAUGUUACCUAUAGCAAUUCUAAGUGAGCUGCAGCCUAUUCGAGACAGUGAUGGUGAAAAUCCGAGUCCAGUGAACGACCGCCAGUUUUUAAGUCGGAAAACCUUACGUAGUAUCCUUGUACGAACUGACCCUAACUCUCCGUCCUCUUCAUCUAGUUGUGUACUGACCACUGACCGUCAAACCACCCGAGAAGCGAACAUCAUAUCAGUACAGGCUGUUACCAAUCCAGACAGAUCCCUCUCACAAAAACGACGUGUCAUCAAAAUGUUAUUUGUUGUGGUUUUAGAAUUCUUUCUCUGCUGGUCACCUAUUUAUGUACUUAACACUAUCACUCUUUUUUAUCCUGUCGUUGUUUACCAAGGACUGGGUUACUACGGUAUCUCUUUCUUCCACUUACUGGCUUACACAUCCUCUUGUUGUAACCCAAUCACUUACUGUUUCAUGAACUCCAAGUUUCGGGAAAACUUCAAAGCCAUAUUUAGCUUGGAAAACGGAAAAGCAGUUGUUAGUACCAACCCAGAAAAGGACAGUAUAGAAUCAGUUGAUACGGCUAAAGAAGAAGCUGGUAUAAAUAUAACCAAAGAAUUUCAAUGA